GGAAGGGGAAAGGGAAUGAGGGGAAGGGGCCCCACCACUUCCCUUCCCUCUCGCGGGAGGCGGCCAGUGUCCUCUAUUUCCGUUUCCUGCCGCCGCGGGGGUCAAAGGUUGCGUGGGCCUUCAAGCCGGAAGAGAAGUGGCCGGAGGAAGGGGGCAGUUCUCCAAAUGGCUUCUUUUGGGUGGAAGAGAAAAAUUGGUGAGAAAGUCUCAAAAGCCACUUCGCAGCAAUUUGAAGCAGAAGCUGCUGAUGAUAAGGGUCUGGCUGAUGAUGAUGAAGACAACUGGGUGCAUGCAACUAAGAGAAGAAAAGAAGUUCUUCUAGAAGACUGCAUGAAGAAAAGCAAGCAGCUAAAGGAUGAAGGUGCAAAUUUGGCAGAAAACAGGAGGUACCGGGAGGCUAUUCACAAAUGGGAUGAAGCACUUCAGUUAACCCCGGAGGAUGCUACACUUUAUGAGAUGAAAUCACAGGUCCUGAUGUCUUUGCAUGAAGUGUUCCCAGCAGUGCAUGCGGCAGAAAUGGCUGUCCAGAGAAAUCCACGUUCCUGGGAUGCCUGGCAGACGUUGGGACGUGCCCAGCUUGGAUUAGGAGAAAUAGCACUGGCAAUCCGAAGUUUUCAGGUAUCCUUACACAUCUUUCCAAUGAACCCUGAAGUAUGGAAAGAGGACCUUUCUUGGGCAAGAAAACUCCAUGAACAGCAGGAGAAGGCAACAAAGACUGAGGCAGUGCAAGCACUGGCAGAAGCAAAAGAGUUUGCACAAGAAUCAAUCCCAGACUAUGACUUUGAAAGUGAUGAGAUCGUGGCAGUCUGUGCUGCCAUUGCAGAGAAGGAGAAAGCUCUUUCAGCAGCUAAAACUGUAGUGAUUGUAUCUGCUUCAGGCACUGUAGAGACUGUUACUGAGAAGGAAGAUUGUGCUACGACUCCUGAUGAUACCAUUUUUAUCAAAGCCCGAUAGGGUGGCCUGGUAUGUUGCCAGUACUGUUUUGAGAACUAGUGUUAUUUAUUGUAUGUUGAGUUUUUUCUUUUUUUCUUUUUUUUUAAUCAGUUGGGGAGCCUACAAAAGAAGCUAUUUUUUCUUUUGAAAAUUUUGAUUUGAUUGAAGCUAUUUUUCUUUUUAAAAAGCACAAACCUGAAUUCAUCUUCCAUCCAUACUUUUGGAGAAGAAAGAUAAGAGUUGAUUUUAAAAAUCUCAUGAAUAAAUGUAAUGUUAAAAUGCUUAACUGCAUUAUAACAACAUCUCUCAUGUAACUGUAUUUAAUAAUUGUACAAGUUACUGUCUACAUUUUACCAGUAAUUAAUCAGCUGUAAUUUAAAAUACAAAACAAAAAGGGCAUAUUGUUGUAAAUAUUAUAUUUCAGUCCUUAAUCAUUAACAUUUAUCAGCCAGCUCAAGUGUGAGUUGUUCUCUUGUUCUCAGAAGUCUGGCCUUUCCUUAUUUUAAAUGCUGUACUACAGACAGCACCAAAAGUAAAAUGAUAUGAGCUGGAAAUAGGUGCAUCUGUGAAGUGUAUUGCUUUUAUCCUUUUCUUCCCCAGUAAUGCUGAAAAUCCCAUAAAGGGAAUCAGUUGAUUUUUCAGAGUUCUUAUGACCCACCGUUCAUAGGGUACCAGUUGUUCAGGACAACAGCACUGGCUCAGUCUCCCUUUUAAAUCUUUUGAGGGCUUGGAUAGUGUGGAGGGUAUUCACACUGUGUUAACAUAGAUGCAUAACUUAGGAGGUUUCUUUGCCUUGUCUUAAGUUUCUUCAGGGGAGGAUGGUGGUUGCUUCCUCACAUGGGCAGUUCAGAGAAACAAAGUCACGCUCCUUCCUUCAGUUGCUCUUGGCUGAGACUGGCCUCUUUUCACUAUCUGUGGAGACAUUGGAGAGAACAGCGUCCUAGCUAGGCUGCCACUUUGGCAUGGGUAAAAGUAGGCAAUUAGAAACUGCCACCUUGUGAAAAUCUGACUUACCUGAAGUUGCCUCCUUGCACAAAACUAGAUUUUAGCUAUUGGGUUUUUUUCAGACUCAUUUAAGCUUACUUAAAUGUCUGUGUAAUAUACAGGUGUAUUUUAAGUGUUACAGUGACUAUAAAUCAAAGACACUUUUGGAAAAAGGGUCAGUUGAGGAAUUUCCAGAAAAUUCAGGAUAUGUAUUAUUGUUGGGAAUACAUCACUUCCACUUAAUUUUGAUAAUUUUUGCAUGACAAAAACAGGUUUGUAUCCAAGGGAAACCUUUUAAAAUCAGUCAUCUUUGCCUUUUUAAUGUUUGAUUUAUAUUUUGAAAAUUAAAAUAAUUUUUAAUUAAAAUAAAAAAUUAAAAUGUUUAAAAACGCAUUUUGAAAGGAAAUAACAUGAGUUGCUGGAGAAGCCUACUGCUUUUUGCAAUAGAAAAAUCAUUUAGCUCAGAUCAUAGUUUCAUUUGAAUCUUGUUAAGUCUUCAGAGGACUCUACAGUCUGUACAGAAAUAGAUUGUCCCUUUCAAAGAUUUAAUUGCAGUGUUGUAUUUAUAUUACUGUGUUUUCAUUAAUUUUUGCAAGAUUCUUCUUCAAUUAAUUUUUGUAUAUACAGUCAUUUUUAGAUCAUGAGCAGACACACACGCACCCACACACCCCUUGCACUUUUUAACAUCUCCUGAAUAUUCAAAAUAAUUCUAAUUAUAGUAACUAAAAUAUAUUUAAAACAUCUUAUGCAAAAAAACCCACAGUCCUACAUUUUCAUUUGUUGAUUCAAUUCUGGAAUAGAUCCUUAAAUGCUUAUUGAAUAGACAUUUGAUUAAAAUACUGUAUGAUAGAAGUUUAGAAUUCUCCCUGUUGAAGAAUUUUGUAAUCUUAUUUUUCCUAACAACUUAAAUAAGACAAUCUUAGCCACGGGAAGAGUUGGUAUGAAAAGGAUUUGGACAGAUUUCUUCCAAGAAGAGACUUUCUCUGGCUAGAGGAAGAUAUGUGCAAGAUGCAGUAAGGUAUGUGUUCUCAUUUUUGAAGGAAGUGGGCUGUAAUCUAACAUUUCUUUCUUUGCCUUUUAUGCUUGUGUGAGUCUGUUACAUAUUUACUCAUACAGUUAGGACUUUGCCUCCAUCUUUUCAGAGGUCCAUGUUAUCACUGAAUCUGCUUUCACUGAAAUGAUUUACACAAUCCCUGCUGAGUAUGUUUUUUGUUCUGACUAGAUUAGGCUAUGAAUUCUAGAUGUUGUCAUGACACUAAUGUCUUGUAACAGGCAGCAGCUACGGUCUUGUGACUGAUGCAUUAUUCUCAACCUGGGAGGUCUGACAUCUGUUUUUUUGUACAGCAUGUCAUGUUUUGCAUGUAUGGGAUUUUUUUGAUCUGUUUGAAUAAAAUAUUGGCUUCUCUA